UUAAUAAGAAAAAUGGACGAGUCUGAGUAUAGUAAGCUUGAUGGAUUCUAAGUGAGGUUUUUUAAUGCCUUUAUAUCUCAAACGGCGUUUAUGAUAGUAGUAUUGAUCUCGUAUGAGAGUGAGGCAUUUUUUUUUUAAUUUCUUGGGGCCCUUCAUCGUUCCUGGCGACCCACAUCCCCCUCUGUUUGGAAACAGCUCUUGAUCACAGCCAGUAGCUUAAAAAGGCAUAAGAAGUUCAUGUGAGCUUUUAGCAAAACCAGCUUCUCCAUCUCUACUCCUACAGGGACUCUUACUUUUCUGCUUGGUUUAGUGGUGAUGUAUCAAUAUAAACUAUAACCAAUCAAUCCUCUCCUCCAACACCCACCCCGCCCUCCUGUGAUUUUGAUUUUUGAAUGAACUAUGGGUUGGAUAGGCACAAGGUUGGAGCGAUAAGUUUUAUUAGGACCUCUGCACCGCAGUCUAGUACAGGGAUAGUACUGUAGUGAAGUGACUGGUUGGACAGUAGUCCUCCCUGUCAAUCUAUCUAUCUCAUGGCCAUGACACUGAAAAUAGCAGCCUUGUUUUGGCCCCUCUGACCAGCAUCCAGCUUGAAUGCUAGCACAAGGAAGUGGAGAAGGAAAGGGCCUCCUACUCUCCCCAAUGGCAACCUCGCCAUUAAUUCUAUCGCCUUUCAAGAUUCUUCUUAUGGGCAAUGGGCAGAUCAAGACCUAAUUGUGGGUGCUUUUGCUGCCUUGACUUAGGGAGGGCCUUACUAUGAGUAAAGAUCUUCAGGAGUGUUUAAGGGCCUUAAAGAAAAGCAAAGCCACAACCAUGGUGUAUUGGUGAUUCUCAAACACAGGUCCCUAUGGAAGGCAGGAGGGUGCUAGUUAUUAGCAUUUGCUUGAUGGAGCUCAUGCUUUUUGCUUAGUUUAAAGGGACAUCUGAUGUUCUCCUCAAGUGCUUUUCAUGGAGAGUACGCAUUGAGGAUUGGAGAAGUGCUCCAUGGUGUUUUUUCUGAGUUUGAGCUUCUUUGCAUUGGGUCUUGGUAGACAGCAGUGAAAGAGGAAGUUGAAAUCCAUGAACAACAACAACAACAACAACAACUGGUUGGGCUUCUCUCUCUCCCCUCACAUGAACAUGGAGGUGUCUUCGGAGACACAUCACCAACCAAAUCAUCCGAGUCAUCAGCACCAAGAUCGGCCCGCCCAUGCUGCUGUUUCCUCUCUAGUCCCUUGCAGCUUCUUCCUAUCUCCACCUCAGCUUAACAGCUCUGGGCUCUGCUAUGGAGUUGAAGGAGAGACUCUGGGGCUCUACUCUCAGCUGUCUGUCAUGCCACUGAAGUCUGAUGGGUCUCUUUGCAUUAUGGAAGCCCUCAGCAGAUCACAGCAGCAAGGAAUGGCGCCAUCUCCAUCCCCAAAACUGGAAGACUUCUUAGGUGGUGGUCCAAACAUGGGGUCCCAUCAUCAGUUUGGGAGCAAUGACAGAGAAGCAAUGGCCUUGAGCUUGGACAGCAUAUACUACCACCAAAACUCACAGCCUGAGGACAAUAGAAGCCAUCCCUUGGACCUCCUCCAGGUGCAACAGCAUCAGCAGGAGCAUCCAUACUUCCAGCCAUUACAAGAAGGCUUGUGCUCUGGGCUAACAGGCCACGAGAUGUACAAUGCUCCAUUGGAGGAACCAAUGGCAGAUGAUGGGAUUCCAAGCUUGAAAAACUGGGUAGCUGGGCACUAUGAUGCUGUCAACAAUGGAUUGGGUGAGGAAGGUGGCAUCGGGUCUAGCUCUGUUGGUACAAUGGGAUAUGGAGACUUACAGUCCUUGAGCUUGUCCAUGAGCCCUGGCACUCAGUCUAGUUGUGUCACAGCUACACAACAGAUAUCACCUUCUGCAAGAACUGAAUGUAUGAUCUUAGAUACACCCAAGAAGAGAGGGGCUGGGAAAGCGGGACACAAGCAGCCAGUCCACAGGAAGUCCAUUGAUACGUUUGGCCAGAGAACCUCUCAGUAUAGAGGUGUUACCAGGCAUAGGUGGACUGGGAGAUAUGAAGCCCAUCUUUGGGACAACAGUUGCAAGAAGGAAGGCCAAACAAGGAAAGGAAGGCAAGUUUAUCUGGGGGGUUAUGACAUGGAAGAGAAGGCUGCAAGAGCUUAUGACUUGGCUGCUCUGAAAUACUGGGGACCAUCAACACAUAUCAACUUCCCGUUGGAAAGUUACCAAGAAGAGCUGGAAGAAAUGAAAAACAUGAGCAAGCAAGAAUAUGUAGCCCACUUAAGAAGAAAAAGCAGCGGGUUUUCGAGAGGGGCCUCUAUGUACCGAGGAGUAACAAGGCAUCACCAACAUGGAAGAUGGCAAGCUCGAAUCGGGAGGGUUGCUGGAAACAAAGAUCUUUACCUUGGAACCUUCAGCACUCAAGAGGACGCAGCUGAAGCCUAUGAUAUUGCUGCAAUUAAAUUCCGUGGGGUGAAUGCUGUUACCAACUUUGACAUAACAAGAUACGACGUGGAAAAGAUCAUGGCAAGUGGUACACUGCUAUCAGGAGAGCUCGCGAGAAGAGCCAAAGCAAUAGAAGCAGGCAAUGAUGCCUCUUCAACACAAAAGAGCAGCACAGAGGUUGAUCUAGCUGAAGAGAACAAUAGCUGUGGUUCUGAUUGGAAGAUGGUCCUCUACCAGUCCCCUCAGCAAAUAUCGCAAUCCUCUGAAUUGCUCAAUCACAACCCUGUGACAAGUAUCGAUGAUUACCGGAGCUCCACACCUCUCUCGGCAGCUCUGCAUGGCAUGGUGGGCAUGGAGAUGGUUAGUUCGGUCAAAGGGUUGGAGGAUUCUGGCAAGGUAGGGAGUAAGCACAUAUCAAAUUCAUCAUCUCUGGUAACCUGCCUGAGUAACUCCAGAGAAGGCAGCCCCGACCGCCCUGGUCUUUCGAUGCUCCACUCCAAGCCUUCACCCAACUUCAUCGGUUCCACCCCAAUGAGUUCUUGGAUUCCAUCAACCCAGAUCAGGCCAACAAUUUCCGUGGCUCAAAUGCCAGUUUUUGCUGCAUGGAAUGAUGCUUGAGCUCCUACUGUGAUGGUAAAACCAUGUAAAGUUGAUGAAGUAAAAGAAGAAAUUGGAGAGAAGAAAAAAGCAAGUUGUAUUGGAGAAAGAAGAGAGGAGUCUUUUUCUUUUUCUUUUUCCCAUUUCCCAUUUCCCUUUUCCCUUCCUUUUUUCAGUUGUUUUCUUUUGGAUGAAAUUGGAGAUUCAUGAGGUCUAAUGGUGGGAGCAGGCUCUGCCCAUUUUCAGGAGAUUAGAUUUCUUUUUGAACUCCUUUGGGACCGUUUGGGAGGAGGAUUUUGCAGAGGUGGAGGCCUAAGGUUUUAAGGACAAUGAUUUCCUUGAAUGAAAUGAUGUUUGGUUUGCUUUU